AUGUACGACGUGCAUGAGCACGUUCACGGUUUCCCCGGUAUGAUCGGUAGCAUCGACUGCAUGCACUGGAAGUGGGAACAAUGCCCUACCGCUUGGCGUGGUACACAUACUAGAGGCGACAUUAGCAAACCGUCGUUAAUAUUGCAGGCGGUUGCAUCUUAUGAUCUUUGGAUAUGGAAUGCAUAUUUUGGUCAACAAGGUUCUCACAACGACAUCAACGUGUUUGAGUCUUCGCCGGUUCUCGAAGAGAUUAUAAACGGGUUGGCACCAAGUUCAGCGUUUUAUGCGAGCGAUAAUUACUACAAACGCGGAUAUUAUUUAACUGACGGUAUCUAUCCGGAGUACACAACGUUCGUAAAGACGUUCACCGAUCCUAUUGAUCUUAAAAGAAAAUAUUUCAAGAGAAAACAAGAAUCAGCAAGAAAAGAUAUCGAGCGAGCGUUUGGAGUUCUUCGAAAGCGAUGGCACGUCAUCAGUUAUCCAGCAAGAUACUGGACAAAGGAAAAAAUGCAUGACGUCAUUUACACAUGCAUUAUUUUGCAUAACAUGAUAUUGGAAGACGAAGACAAAGCCAUUUGCCAAGAUUACAAUGAGAAUGACCCUUCAUUGUUCCCGGAGUAUUGGACACAAGAAGUAUCAUCGGAGACACGAAUCGAGAACAUAAUGGAUAUAAAGAAUAGAGAAACACACAACAUGCUUAUGUCUGACUUGAUCGAUCACCCAUGGGACAACAAACAACCAGGAUACGAGGCGGAACUCGUUAACGAGGAUGAAGGAGAUAAUGAGGAUGAAGAUAAUAACGAUGUAGUCGACCUCGACCUAAACGAGUAUGUUAGUGACGAUGAGUAG